GCGCGCACGCACGCACGCACGCGCACUGCGCCCAGCAUGAGAGUCGCGGCUCUGAUCAGUGGUGGGAAGGACAGCUGUUAUAAUAUGAUGCAGUGCAUUGAUGCUGGGCAUCAGAUCGUUGCUUUAGCGAAUCUAAGACCAGCCGAAAACGAAGUGGGAUCAGAUGAACUGGACAGCUACAUGUAUCAGACAGUGGGUCACUGGGCCAUUGAUUUGUAUGCAGAAGCCAUGGCUCUCCCCCUCUAUCGCCGCACCAUCCGAGGAAAGAGUGUGGACACAGGACGAGAGUACACCAAAUGUGAAGGUGACGAGGUUGAAGACCUCUAUGAGCUUUUGAAACUCGUUAAGGGCAUCACUGGAGUGACCUUGCUUGCUGAAUAUGAUGCUCUGCGUCUCCAGGAUUUUCACAUGCAUUUGGAAAUGGGCAGUCAGGCGAUUGUUUACAGGACUCCAAAUGAACUGUGCACUCACAGCAAGUUCGAUAAACACACAUUUCCUCCUUUUAUCAGUGAGAUUGCAGAAUGUGAAGUAUGAGUUUCCAGUUUUACUCAUUCCCCUCAGCCCUUUUCCUGUUUAAAAACUUCGACGGGCUAAUUGGAUGCUGAUCUGUCCCUGCUUUUUAUUCUGCUUACUGGUAGUUGACGGCUUAUUCCAAUCCGUACCUAGGCAAGGUUUGGCAGCCCUUCAAAAAUAAACUUUCCGUGUAUUCAGCUUAAAGGAGAUUCAUCCCAAGAAAUGUAAUGUGAGCACUAAUUAACAGUAAUGACUGGUAAUCACUUUGCUUUUUAUACUCCUUUAGGAGCACUGCUAUUAUCCAAUGUAGUUAAGUAAAACGCUUGUGUAUGAAUCAACAAUGCUGCAUCCUUUUAGCAGCUAUUGCUCACAAUCAAGCUUUGCAUAAAUUAGAGUUAACGAAAAUUGAUUUUAAUACGCUAUGUUUCUUUCUAUAGUAGUUAAACUGAAAUAUCUAGUUAAAUAUCCUGAAUAGUAAAAAGAUAUUACCUGAUUUUUGGGUUUUGGGCAGUCACCCUUAUGGUAGAUGAAAAGCAGUAUUGCAAAUAAAUUUUCUCACCGUUCACAUACUCUUCAUAGAUUUCUUCGAAAUUGCAUGUGACAUACUCUUCAUAGUCACAGCAGCACUUUGAUUCUGUUGUAAGCAUUUUAUCAGAUCAGUGAAAAGCGAUAGGCUUAUGUUUAAUUUUUCUGAAUUUGUGCAUUUACUUCUGAGAGGAUCUUAUAGUUUCUUUAUAUAGUGCAUUUCUAUAAACUCGGUUCAUAGGAUUGUGCAUUCGAUGUUCAUUAAAAAGGGUUGUUUUAUUAUGUUUAGUAUAUUAUUAAACUCCUAUAAAGGCUUUCUGUUUAUUUACAUGCAUGCAACAUACCUACACACUGCCUUGCCUCAGGAGGAGACUAAGCAAAACUCAUAAAUUAAUAAUUUAAGGAAGUGAUACUCAAGUAGCAUUUUGGUGAAGUUAAUAAAUUAAAGCCUUAGAGUCAGUGCUGGCCACUUUAAAAUGCUUUACUUUUGACUUUUAUUGGCUGAAAAUAACUUGUUAAACUGGGGCUUUUGUAAUAAAAGGAAAUCUACAUACCAUCUGAAGCCCCUUCCCCUCUUUUUGAUUUAUGAGUAGGUUGACAUAUUAUUGAAGAAUUUUUUUAACACUUUCACAGUUCUGCACUUUGAUUUCAGAGAAGGUGCUAAUCUCUCUGGAAGUUUGAGAGUGACAAAACGAGCUGUAUACUGUUUCCUAGGGCAUUUGGAAUUCUUUAUUAGAGGCCCUAGUUUUCUGAUGGUACCUGUAUGAAUGUUGAGUUAUUUAACAUUUGAUGUGGCGUUGUGAUUUGUUGUGCAUUAAUGGAGUAUCCUCCAUCCUCCCUUCUCAUUUUACAUGGAAUCUCUCAGUUGCCUGGUCCUGAUGCAAUUCUUAGAGCUAAUGUUAUUUCUAUAGAGGUUCAGCAAUUCAGGACAUUAUUUUUAAAUUGCUAAAGUAAAAUGAUUUAAUUUCCCUUUUACUUUUGUAUUAUUUGUAGUGUCAGAAAUUUUUAAUUUUGGUGAAUAAAUAAGUUGAAAAAUUAAGUGGUGGUUUAAUAGGAAGCUUUAUAUUGUAUUUUAUAUACUGGUCUUAUAAUCCAUUGCAAACAUGUAUUAAAAUCUCUGUCACUGUACUUAAUUAAAUUUAGUUUCAAAGAAUUGUAACAGGAGUGAUGUGAGAGAAUAGAAAAUAUAUGGAAGCUUGAUUGAAUGCUAGCCACAUGUAAUGAUAAGAUUUGUGAGUAUUGUUGUAUGUAACUUACUUAUUUUCUAUCCCAGUACUAUUGAACAAUAGCAUAAAAUAUAUGCCUAUGAGGGAAAACUUGCGUUUUCUAUUUUGC